CGACACUCUGUGACAACACCGAUGUGAGCCGCUCCUUUUAGGGUGAUUUGCGCUUUCAUCAGUAAUGCUCCAUUGGUUUGAACCAGGAGGCUGACUUGAAUUCCUGCAAACCAUUUAAUCAUGGCUUCCGCUGCGACGCAAGAAACGCAGGUUCAGGACCAACUAACACUAUUCCUGCGAAUGGAUACCUACGACUGGGAUGCUGACGAAGAAUUCAAGAGCGGACUUUUGGCCAUUCUCCACUCGGCUGCAUCUCCAGAGCAAGCACUUGAGCUGACUUUACGAGCUCGCUGCUUUUUCUUCACAAGAAAAACUGGUAUAGCUGUCGACUAUAACGCCUAUUCGUCAUGGAAGGCUCUACAUGCGGCGAUAAGCAGUUCCGCAAUUGAAGCCUCAGCUUCGGAUACGACCAACCCAGGACAUGAGCCUGAAUCCGGGCCCAAACUCUCUUAUCAAGAAAUAGUUGAAUUGAUCCAGAACGGAAAACCCAUACCAGGGAUUAAAGAGGUUCCAAAAACAGUUCUUAUCGGUCAAGGAACGGUAUCUACUAAGCCUGCCAGAAGAAAGCCAUGGGAAAAAGAUAGACGCGUUCUGGAGUCUGCAGCGCCCAAUACCCCAGCUGAACAGCUAUGAUGGCAGAGCAGAGCAGGAAUAGGGCUCUGGAAUGCAAAAGGAUGAAUUAUCACCUUCAGUGCAAUUUGAUUAACUGUCAUACAUAGCUUAAGAGCUUGAUAGACGAUCAACGAUCCUAUGCUUAACCCAAACCAUAUCGUAUCAGACCCGGAGAUAUUACCCUGAGCUGUAUCCAAAACAAAUUCUGGGCAUAAUUGUCAUCCUUUUGUCGCAAUAGCAAUAUACAUAAAUCUUUUGAUUCUGA